UACAAAAGUUGAACAAUGAUUUUGGACUCGAUCUUGAGCCCAUGACUAGAUUCAUUAUCUAACAAUUUUCUAUUUAAGAAAUAAUUAGCUCAAAAUAGGGGGGUGAUGAAAUUAAUUUUAGAAUUUGGGGGGUUUUAAUUUUCAGAUUUUUAACUCUUCUAUAGUUCAUUAUAUUUCCGGCUCCGACCAGUCACCGCCAAUAUGAUACCUCACUGGGUCAACGCACCCCUCUUCUUUUCUUUCGUUUCUUCACUACCUAUUCUCUUCUCCAAGAACACAACUACACCACCAAAACGCCCUUUGCGAUUUUCUCUUUUUCCGGCGAAAUCACACAGAUCUUCCUCCCUUUCUCCAUUUCAGGUGUAUCAGCUCCGACCUCCAAUGCUGGAGAACACCAGCUCCGACAACUUCAAUAAAUCUCCGAAUCUGGCCGAAAAAGACUUACCACUGGUGACCAUUCUUCAUUCACUUCCUCAGGUACCCGAAGAUGUUUUUCCAUUGGAGUUAUUCGAACGAAGUUCAAAUCAUAUUAUUUUAUUAUUUAUUAUGUAUAUUAUAGACGUUAGGCAAAUUUUAGGUCGUGUUGUAUAUUAUAAUUUUAUUUUAUUAUUUAUGUAUGUUGCAUGUUAUUAAACUUGUAUAUUUUUUAAUCUCCUCAAUUUGAAAAAAAUGAAUUCAGUCGGGACCCACAUUUGUGGAUUUCGAAGGGUGCCUAAUAUCUUCCUUUCGAAAUAACUUGAACCUUUA